AUGAAGGCCUUCACUCUCCUUAGCAUCGCCCCCCUGGCUCUGGCCCAGACGCUGUGCGAACAGUACAGCCAGUCCACCACGGACGGCUACUACGCCAACAACAACAAAUGGGGCGCCGCACUCGGCACCGGCCAGCAGUGCACCUACGUGGACGAGGUGUCCAGCUCAGGCGUUUCGUGGCGGGCGGACUGGACGUGGUCCGGCAACGAUGACAUGGUCAAGAGUUAUCCUCACGCGGGCCGCACGCUGGCGGACAAGAAGCUCGUGAGCGAGAUCAGCAGCAUCCCCACGCAGGCCGACUGGGGCUACAGCGGGGACUCGAUCCGGGCCAACGUGGCCUACGACAUGUUCACGGCAUCGGAUCCCACGCACGCGUCGAGCGGCGGCGACUACGAGGUCAUGGUCUGGCUGGCCAACUACGGCGACCUCUGGCCGGUGGGCAGCAGCGUCGGCAGCGUCGAGGUCGAGGGCCAGACGUGGACGCUCUGGGAUGGUUUCAACGGCGAGAUGCACGUGUACACCUUUGUGGCGGACGCGGCGCGCCACUCGGUCGACUUGGACGCAAAGGGCUUCUUUGACUAUCUGCGCGACAGCAAGGGCUUUCCUGUGGACAGCCAGUAUCUGACGGUUCUCCAACUCGGUACGGAACCGAUGACUGGCGGGCCAGCCACGUUCCAAAUGAACCACUUUUACGCAGACGUCAAUUAG